GUCCACUAUGCCUUCGAAGAACAUGGGCUAUUACUUCAUGAUAUAUCCGCUAACGGAACGUACACUUGACUGUGACUCGAACAUGUCUACGGACACGACGUUUCUAUGCUCUGUUUGCAAGCAGGUAGUUCAGCCAACAUCGAGCGACUCCACCUCCGAGCCUUGGAUCACGCCACCAGACCAAACUCUCGACGCCUUUCGAAAGGCAGUAUUACGAGACUGCUUCAUCUGCUCAAAGUUAUGGAACUUAAGUGAGCUGCACAGAAUAGGGUGGGAGUCCUUAGAUCCCCAAUUAUGGCGGCCAUUGUCGUUCAGAGUCGACAAGGAAUAUUAUCAGGGUAAAGAUAUUCUCCACCAGAUCAGAGUGAUGAUCCUAUUUCGAGAUCCCACGCAGAUCCAUAGCGAACGCAGUACAGAAUUACGACUCAGGCUGAUUCCCUCAUCUGAGAGAGAAUACGAAGAUCUUUUCUCGUUCAACAUGAUUGACGAAAGCACCGGCUCCACAGGAACUCUUGACCUAGCUCGUUCCUGGUUUUCGGAGUGUUUCCAUGGCCAUGAUCAAUGCAAGCGGCUGCCUACCUCGGCUGUCAACUGGCUGCCCACUCGCCUGGUCGACAUAGGUUCCAGGGGGGAGACAACCUGGAAACUUGUUGUAACGUCAGAAAAUUCAAAACUCAAGCGCUAUCAACCGCGGCCUCAGUAUAUGACCUUGAGUUACCGGUGGGGUACCGAACCUCAAAAGUUGGUUUUGUCAUCACACAACCUGGAUUUACUGGGUCGUGGAAGUCCCAUUGUGCAACUACCGCAAACAUUCCAGGACUUGGUUGUAGUUGCACAUCAUCUCGGCAUCCGGUAUGUCUGGAUAGACUGUUUAUGCAUCAUACAAGACUCCAGGAAUGACUGGGAAAAGGAAGCGCUCAAGAUGAGAGAAGUAUACACUAAUGCAGCGUGCAACGUUGCAGCAUCUGCUUCGAGUAGCCCUGCUGGCGGAUUAUUCCGAUCUCGUGUCACAAAGGACAUCCGGCCGGCCAUCGUCAAGUCAAACCUCUCUUUCCAAGAACCCGGGGAGUUCUACAUGUUUGACAAAGGAUAUUGGGAUCGCCACCUCCUGAAUGGUGCUCUGCACACCAGGGGAUGGGUGUUCCAGGAGCGGUUCUUAUCACCGCGACAGAUCUACUUCACAAAAAGUCAAGUUAUGUGGGAAUGCUUAGAGGAACACAAAUGCGAGGGAUUUCCACGAGGAAUUCCACUUCAUGACUCCUCGAAAAGCAUAAAACGCCUCCUUUCACCACAAAGAAAUGACGAUGAGACCAAAGUCGAAGGCCUUAUGCCAUUUGAUACUUUGGAUCUUUGGAUUGAUAUCGUCGCUACCUACUCCAAGUGCGAAUUCAGCGUCAAGGAGGACAAGCUUUACGCCCUAGGGGGCAUUGCCAAGCUCUUCCAGGAAGUUACAGGUGAUACCUAUCUUGCUGGCUUGUGGCGCUCACGUCUUCUACAUCAGCUUGAUUGGUAUACAUUGAUGCCACACCCGAGGAUCAUGAGCAAAUACAGAGCUCCAUCCUGGUCAUGGGCAUCUGUUGAUGGGCCAGUACAGCUAAGACACCCUGCUCAUGGAUAUCACUUUCUAGCAGAGGUAAUGGACGCAAGUGUGACAACGACGAGUGCGGGAAACGACUUGGUCAACGUAAUCGGUGGUAGCAUAACACUGCGAGCGAAGGUGUAUGAUGCAAAUUAUGAGCGAGAAUACCCACUCACAAACGAUGGGCUCAUCCAUUUCAGCUCUAAAGACAAGGCCUUCCCUCCAUUUACGACAUGGCCUUACCUUGACGCAGUUGAGGACAAUCUGAAAAAGAGCGGUCACACAUCACUACUGCCCUUAAGAAAUCAGGAAGUCAGUUGGGAGGAACUUGGAAGCGACCAGUCUGGUGAAACAAAUGACGUUACUUGUCUCAUCCUGGAGAAAGUUGGCGCGUCCAAAAACACGUAUCGUAAGAUCGGAUGGAUCUACCUUGGGGGAGAAAUGUCUCAUGGUAAGGAAAACCAAGAUAUCAUAGACGCUAUUCUUUCAGCCCAUGAGAGUGAUCGAGGGUGGAAAGAGAUCAUUUUGGUUUGAAGGGUGAACUAAAGCAGAAAAUUCCUGGAGCCUUUUCGAUAAUACCUGCCGCUUUCUCCUGAACGAUGUUUAUUAAUGCAAAGCAGAGGCAGCG